AUGUCUCAGGCUUUCUCCACACAGUUGACCAACCCCUUCUCCUCCAGCAACUCGAGGUACCAGGAGACCUCAACUAUCGCAACAGUAAACCGAUCCGAAGCUACCAAUGGCCAAAUCGCCAGCGAAAAUCAAGGCAAGGGCUGCGCGAACCCGCCCACUGCUCACCCUGGAGGCACCGAAGAUGUCAUGGCCGAGAUCGUCCCCGAGCGCUUGCGGUGGCUGCAACUGAGCAAGGAAGACAACCGGACCCGGCUGGUCUUUCAUCCAUCAGACCCAGAUGCAUUUCAUCUGGAGCACGUCGGUUUAGGUAUCAAUGAUCAGAGCUAUACCGACUCCUGCAGCCAAUGGUUGGAGUUUGUGUGCGGGGACGGGGAAGAAAGCGUCGAAGUAUCAAAAGUUUUGGCUGUUGCGCAAUCCAUAUUCCAUGUCGCGUGCAAAGUGUCGAUACACUGCAAAGGCUCGACGCAGGUGAAUUUCGAGAUAUAUUACGAUCCCGAGACUGACCAGGUCACGCUGAUAAAUGGCCAAUCUUCACCCACGCUCGUUCUCAAAAAGGAACCGGGACCCGAUAAUAUUAUUGUCUACAAAGGGACGAGCGCGGAGCUGGAACCUGGCGCCUGGAACCUCACCGCGCCCGAUGUCAGCCGCACAACCACACUUUUGGUUCUCCCACGGCGUUUUCUCCCUGCUAGGGACGAUGCUGAAGGAUUCGAGCCGGAGAGCAGGAAACGAUCCGCGUCAGCUACCCUGCCAGCGAAACGUGCGAAGGCCAGCAGCACGGUAGCAUUGGUGCCAAAGCAUACCGUUCCGGUUGCCGACUUUGAGAUGCGGCAGCUGGAACACCCUCUCGUGUCCCUUAGACCUGGGCAAACCCUGAAACUCGCAGGAUCGCACCCUCAAGAGGAAUAUUCCAUCACAUAUGCCCAAAAACUGGCGGAAAACAAGUCAUCGUUAGUCAGAAAAGUUCAGCUUUCCUUUCCGGGUCAUGGAAACGUUGACAUGGUUGCAAAAACGGUACGCAAAGGGAUGCGUGACGCUAAAGCUGCUGCCAGGGUCUGGCAGAGCGAAACCAGGAUACAUAGCAAGCUGAUGGCUACUACGGCUGGCGCCCGUUUCAUUGUACAGCUGCUUGGAACAGACGCACGCAUUCACACAAUAUACAUGGAGGACGUUGAAGGACCGUCACUGGCACACCCUACCUGGCGACAAAGGCCCGAAAACCUGUUUACAGGCUCGCGGGGCGUCGCAGGCCGCAUUAUGCGUGAUAUAGCCCUAGCUCUGGAUUACGUCCACUCUAAAGGCAUUACCCAUUACGACGUCAAGCCGGGCAACAUUCUCUACAACGAUACCCGCGGCGCCGUCCUCAUCGACUUUGGUCUCAGCAGCGAUAGCCCAGAUACGGCGACCAAUUUUUACGCGGCGGGCACGCCCUGGUACAUACCACCCGAGUUUCUUGCGGCAUCAAAUCCCGGCCGAGGCUUCCCUGGCGACGUCUGGGCCCUGGGCGUAGUGCAACUUUUUCUAUUCAAACUGCUUCCGCUCCCGGAAACCACCGCCGAAUGGAUAAUCUCUCAUGUCGUUGGUCCGAAAGGUCCAAACCGCGACAGAGCGAGGGAAACCAUGGUUCAAUGGCUGAAACGGGUGAAAAAUGCCCGGGGGUUGCUUGCCCCAGAGGGCCCUGGAUCGGAUCCAGACACUUUACUACACGCAGCCGGCGGCCGAAAAGGAAAAGCACACCGUGACGGCCAAUGUGAUGCGGUACGAGGCGACGGGGACGGACGAGACCACGACGGUAUGGACAAACUUGUCCACGAGAUGACCGAAAGCGACUGCCGCAAACGUAUUACAAUGCGUGACAUCAUUGGAGGACUCCGCCCAGCGGCGAGAUACGUGUCGGAUGUCGCUCUUCAUGAUCCUCCCACUACUCCGAGUUAA